AUGUAUUAUGGACAGAGUUCGUUUGAUCACAUUGGGGAUCCAUAUUUAUGGAAUCGCUAUGCUGCAACGACAAAUUAUGACACAGGGUAUUAUAAUUAUUAUUAUCAGCCAACAAGUGAAUACGUUGAUGAUCAUGUCUAUGUUGCUACUGAUCGGUUUCGUUUUAUCGUGAGUACAAAUUCACAAAGUCGUCAUCUUUCGCAACUAGACCAGCACCAUCUUGGUUACCACCAAGCUCCAGAAAAUUAUCACUAUGUUGCAAGAAACAUUGGUGAUCACUACUUUGUUCCACAUAACUUGGAUCACAACUCUUCUUUUACUGGUCCUGGACAUACAUAUAAUGGACAAAGUUCAUUUGAUCACAUCGAUGAUCCAAACUUGUGGGAUGAUGGCUAUAGUCAGUCAACAGGUGAAUUCAUUGAUGAUGUUUAUGUUACAACUGAAAGUGAACUCAUUAAUGAUCCCUACGACACAACUGAAAGUGAAUCAAAUGAUGAUGUAUAUGACACAACUGAUGGGAAUCAGAUUUUAGACACAAUACGAGACCUUUAUCGCAUGAAUAUCGGCAGUCAUCUCAGUGGACAGCCACUUGAUUAUGGAGCUUUGCUUGAUCUUUUGGCUGAUAUGGAAGGCGACAACGAGGAGGCUGCAGCAGAGGAGAUCAUAGAAAAUUUGAUUAAAACAAGAAUUCAUUGUGGUACUGACGAUGCAGAAGAAAUGUAUGUUAUUUGCCAAUGUGAAUAUCAGAAUGAUGAGACAAUUGGCACUCUUGAAUGCAGGCAUGAGUUUCAUGCAGGUUGCAUUGAAGAAUGGCUGUUGAGUAAGAAAACUUGUCCAAUUUGUAGAUCAUCAGUUUUGCCAUCACAGGAACAUAGUUUAUGA